GCAAAAAGUGAAAAUUGGACCGACAGCGACAGCGAUGCUGCCGUACUGCACCAGCGACGCGAGCUACACAUGGAUGUGCCUCCGCGGCGUCGUGCUGGGCACUCUAUCUCUCGGCACGGUCGUCUUUUGCCUUUAUGCAAUCUAUACCAUGCUUCCUGCCUGCCUCAACUUGUCGCAGUACCGACCACACAUGGCCCUCAUUGUGCUGGCGGCACUCGAAAUGACGUGCGUCCUGCUGCGGUGUGCAUGGGUCGACGAACCCAAGUUGAUGAUCGCUGCCAAGUACUGUCGAGGGAUUCAAGUGUCCAUCUCGUGUUGGCUCUAUGGGCAGAUGGCAUGCGAAUUCUCGAGCAAGAAGUCGCUCGUGUUCGGUCUGCUCGUGCCGCUGCUCGUCGCCGUGGCCGUCCUCAUGACUGUCGACGUCAUCAUCAUGCUGAAUGACCCAUACGUCGACUGUCAUCACGCGUCUUGGUUAGUCAUGUCGCUGGCGUCGUCCACAUUGGCCGUGAGCUUUGCGGCGGCCGGCGGCAUUGUCCUCAAGGAAAUCAAGCUUGCUUCGACCAUGCAGAGGCAUUUGCGCCAAACACUCAUCUCACAUCACGUCGAACUCGACCACACGUACCACCAAUUGUGGUGGCUCGUUGUGACAAACAUGAUCAGCUCGGUCCUGCAAUUGUCCUACGACCUGUACAUAACGUAUGUCGUUGGCGACGAACCGUGUGCCAAAAUCUUCUACGACGACAACGACGGCGCCAUCGAGCAAAUUGUACGGCUUGGCCUGGCGCUGGCGACCUUUGUUUAUCCUGAAUGGGUGACGGUCUACGUAUUCUUUUGGAGUGCGCGACAUACCUUUGCAACACACCACUUGGACGUGCCGGACAUUGCCGCCGACGACGAACUCCUCGCCCGUAGUAGACUGCUGACCGACGACAGCCACACUGUCGAUGCCGCGUACUACCAACACAUGCUCGACUACGACACGUUAGCAGGCGGCAUCCAGCACCACCAACCGUUCCUCCAACGAGAUCAAGUCAAGCGAUAGGUAGACCAUCGUUAAGUGCAUUGUCGGCUACUUCGCCUUGACAACUAAUAGCGGUGCACCGGACAAGGCGCUUCCAUGAAGCAUAG